UCCCAAAAUUUUCUGCCGAACAAAUUUUGCUCAGAAUUUGUGACAAAAAAUCGCUCGACACACAGAAUUUGACUUCUAAAAUCACCCUGUGUGUACAAAAGGACCCCAAGAUGGAUGCGAAGAUGGCACAGAAGACUUGGGAGCUAGCCAAUCAAAUGGAAACCGUGAGUAGCGUGGACGAGAUUUACAAGUACGACAAGCGGCAACAACAGGAGAUUCUGGCAGCAAAACCAUGGACUAGGGACAACCACUACUUUAAAUACUGCAAGAUUUCAGCUCUGGCACUGCUGAAGAUGGUGAUGCAUGCCCGCUCCGGUGGGAACUUGGAGGUGAUGGGUUUGAUGCUGGGUAAAGUUGAUGGGGAGACUAUGAUAGUCAUGGACUGUUUUGCCCUGCCAGUGGAGGGUACAGAGACCAGAGUUAACGCACAGGCAGCAGCGUACGAGUACAUGGCAGCCUACAUCGAGAGUGCCAAACAGGUAGGGAGACUGGAGAAUGCUAUAGGCUGGUACCACAGCCACCCUGGGUACGGCUGCUGGCUGUCUGGGAUCGAUGUGGGCACUCAGAUGUUGAACCAACAGUUCCAGGAGCCUUUUGUGGCUAUUGUAAUUGAUCCAACAAGAACAAUAUCAGCAGGAAAAGUGUGCUUGGGUUCAUUCAGGACUUACCCCAAGGGAUACAAGCCACCAGAUGAAGGUCCCUCUGAGUAUCAGACUAUUCCUCUGAACAAGAUAGAAGACUUCGGUGUCCACUGCAAGCAGUACUACUCCUUAGAAGUGACCUACUUCAAGUCAGCCCUGGACCGGAGGUUGUUGGAACUAUUGUGGAACAAGUAUUGGGUCAAUACACUGAGCUCCUCAUCACUUAUAACUAAUGCAGACUACACCACAGGGCAAGUUUUUGACCUGUCAGAGAAGUUAGAGCAGUCUGAAGCCCAGCUGGGUAGAGGUGGCUUCAUGUUGGGAGUGGAUCAUCAUGACAAGAAGUCUGAGGACAAACUGGCCAAGGCUACAAGAGACAGCUGCAAGACCACCAUCGAGUCCAUCCAUGGGUUGAUGUCACAAGUCAUCAAAGACAGACUGUUCAACCAUGUCGGCAAACCCAAAGUCUGACGUGUUCAACACCAUUGUCAUCCAAUAUGCACUGUAGAUCUGUUAUUUGUCAUAGUUCUUGUCUAUAAAGCACUUGGACUGUUUUUACACACAUUUGAAUGAACAUAUGUGACGACAGGUUGUUAUAGGAAAUAAGAUGGUCCCACAUUAUCAAUAUAAUUCCCAAGUAUAUUGUACAUCUUUGUAAAUCUGGACUAAAAGGUACAGAUAUGUAACUCUUGCAUGGUGUGGUAUAGGAAAUUUCUCAAUUGCAGAAAGAUGACAGGUUGUUAAAACUACAUUGUAUAUGUAGUCUGCGCUGUUACUGUUUCAGUUUUUGGGUUUAAGGCCAAGUUUUAACAUCUUGUACUUUGUUGAAUUGGCAAAAAGAUUUGUAUCAAAUAUUUGUAUCCUGGUAUGGUUAGUGUUGCCCAGCUACAUUAAUGCUAUCAUGGUGGCAUUUAGUGGCAUUCCACCUUGGUCUUUUGAGCUAAAGCUUUGCUAUCCCAUCACUGUAACUUCAACAAAAAUAAAGAGAAAGCAUGAAAAAG